ACUAAAUCCCACUUGCCUACUUUGAUCGUCUCUCCUUCCCUUUUCCGGCAAAAGCCUUCGCCGCCGCCGACGCCGACGAUUGAGAUAACACUUCAAACAAGCUUCUUAGAGGGAAAUCUGUUUCAGAGACUUUGAUGACAGGGACUUCUUCUUCUUCUGACGAUGAGACUGCAUUUUCUUCAGCUUGUGCUGUUGUGAGGGUUGGUGAGAAGAGAAAGAUGAACGAUUUUGCUACAGGUAGCAAUACUAGAGAUCGUAGUGUUUUACAUAACAAUAGAUUAGGGUCAAGUGAUAAUGGAGAUGCAGGCAGGGGAGAAGAGCCGGCACAACCAAAGACUACUGAAUCUGUUGGUUCAAAGUUUAAUGAUUUUGGUAAGCUGAAGGAAGAAGCUACCUUUGCGGUUGGCCAGACUUGGGCUCUUUAUGAUACAGCGGAUGGGAUGCCUAGACUGUAUGCUCAGAUCAGGAAAGUUUCAGCUCCUUCCUUUGGGCUUAGGAUCACAUAUCUUGAGCCAGAUCCAGAUGAUGAGAAAGAGAUCCAAUGGUUUGAAGAAGACUUGCCUGUUUCUGUUGGUAAGUUCAGGCUUGGACAAAACCAGAACACCAAAGAUCGUUCCAGGUUCUCUCAUCUAAUCCAUUGCGAUGAAGGAAGCAACUCUGCUCAUUUCACUGUUUUCCCAAGAAAAGGCGAGACUUGGGCGCUUUACAAGAACUGGGACAUUAGCUGGUCUUCAGAGCCGGAUUCUCACCGUAGCUAUGAGUAUGACUUUGUUGAGAUUUUGUCAGAUUACGCUGAUGGAGCUGGUGUAUAUGUUGCGUUCUUGCAUAAAGCAAAAGGCUUUGCAAGUGUGUUCUUUCGAAUGGGAACUGGUGAGGCAGACAUAUCUCAGAUUCUGCCUCACAGUUUGUACCGGUUCUCCCAUAGGGUUCCUUCCUUCAAACUGACUGGAUAUGAAGGACAAGGUGUGCCAAAGGAUGCUUAUGAGCUGGACCAAGCUGCGUUGCCAGAAGCAAUCGAAGAGAUACUUGUCCCUUCUCAGCUUACCGUUUUAAAGUCUAAACCAGAAGCUCUCUGCUUUCCUAUCGAUGGAACGGAUUUUCAAACUGGGCAGAUUUGGUCUUAUUAUAAGUGGGACAUACGAUUCCCUGUGUUCUACGGUAGAAUUGAAAAGAUCACAUUAACUCAAGCAUUCGAGCAGCCUGCAGAAUAUACACUACGCAUGAGUCAGUUAAAGGCCACUCCUUUCCCUGAGGAUGUCAUCCCAUGGGAUGACAAGAAAAUGCCUGUUGGUUGUGGAACUUUCUCGGUGAUGAAAGGUACCAAAAUAUUCUCUCCUCAUGAACUUGCGCAAGAGAUGUCGCCUGAAAUCUCCAUGGAUGGAAAGGAAUAUACCAUUCUUCCCCAGAUUGGCGAUGUUUGGGCCAUAUACACCGACUGGACUCCUCACUAUGAGGCUCAUUUCUUGAAUAGAUACUAUGACUAUGAUAUCGUGGAAGUUCUUGAUGACACCUCGGACUAUAAGGUUAUGGAGUUGGAGCCUGUGUCGAUCUCUGGUAAAGAUGAUAGAACAUUCUUUAAAGCAACUAAGAUUAGGCAGCGUGAAACUGAUUCGGAAGAAGAUGGGUCAGAAGUGAUAUUUACUAUCCCAAAGUCGAAAAGGCUCACAUUCUCGCAUCAGAUUCCUGCCUCCAUUGUAACCAAGGAGAUAGACGGAGAUCUGAAAGAGCUUUUUGAAGUUGAUUGUAGAGGUCUUUGUGUAAUGAACUUGUCUUCAGACUAUAGACGUGAGCGUUUGAAUCAAGCAGCGAAGGAAGUGAGGGAAGGGUAGGGAAGCUUUCCUUUUUGUUAGCUUUUGGUGCAUUGUUGUCCAAAAGGUUUGUUCUUUGGUUUAAGAUCUAAAAGACCUGAAACUUACUUAAGACUUUCUCCAUGUUCUUUGCAUGUUCUUCUUAAGUCGGAUCAAAUAUAUGGAAAAUCAUGUAUUUUGAGGACGUAGUUUGUC